CGUAAAUCGAUGAAGGAGACACUUGAGCGCUUGAGCUUUAACGUGCACACUGGAGAUGGAGCUAGGAACGAACUUUGCUGCAAAGCUCGAGCCAUUUCUUCUCAUCUCAAAGUCGGCCAAGGGUGCAGCAGCAGCGAAACUUAUACAGGACGCUACCUCAGCUCAAGGCGUGUUUGUCUUUGCCGAGCUCCUUGAGCUCCCCAAUAUUCAGGAGCUGGCAAACAACGAGCACCAUGCUCCUUUCUUCUCCUUGCUGCAGGUAUUCUCGUAUCGGACAUACAAGGAUUACCUUGCAAAUAAGGACUCGCUGCCCCAACUAAACAAAGCUCAGAUAACAAAGCUCAAGCAUCUGUCUAUCGUAUCGCUUGCCGCUACCAGACGCAUUCUCCCAUACUCUCUCCUUCUACAAGAGCUGCAAAUGCCCACGAUCCGUGACCUCGAGGACCUCAUAAUUGAUGCGAUAUAUCUCGACAUCCUCCGCGGGAAGCUCGACCAGAAGGAGCAGCAACUCGAGAUUGAGUACACGAUGGGACGAGACCUCGAGCCUGGAAAGGCAGAGGCAGUGCUUGCAGCUCUGAAGGCAUGGGCUUCGACAACCGCUUCAGUCCUUUCCGCGUUAGACAAUAAGCUUGCGCAGAUCGCUUCUUACAGCACAGCAGUUGCAAUGGAUAAUGAGGAGCACGAUAGAGCAUAUAAUGCUAUUCUCAAAGAUGUAUCCAAGGACUCAAAAAAGCGAGGACCGUUGACGGCUAGUGGAAAUUUCAUGCGAGGUGGUGUCGAUUUGGCAGAUGCAAUGGAUGUAGACGAAGAACCGAGAAUGAAAGGGCGGAAGUGAGUUCUAUUUUUUUCGUUUUCGGUUUAUCCCCACUCUUGCCUGCUACAAUCUUUCCGUAUCCUCAAGCCGUCCAACCUAUUGUGUUUUGUACUGAGUACUCACAAAUCUAUAACAGGGGCAUGGCGGUCGAUGCAAUGA